AUGUCGAUUGAUAUCGUUAAGUUCCCUGAAGACAGGAGGGAUUGGACUGAGUUUGUCAAGCAACAUAGUCUUGGAGAAGCCAGCAUUCACAGCACAACUUGUGAUUCCGCAUCAAAAAUCAGUACAGCCCAAUACCUCCUUCUUCGAAGCUUCUGGGUUAUACGCAGUAAAAUCAAAUCAAAGGAUCCCAAGGAAUGGGGAAUCAAAAGGGUCAACGAGUCAGAAAAGUGGCUUAACGAAAACAAAGAUUGGUUGGCAUAUCUUCAAAAUCUGUCACCCAUUACAACCUAUUCCGCUCCGCCUCCCAGACUUGGCACAUUUGCAUACACCUGGUUCACUCAUCAACAAGUAGUCAGUCUGCCAAUAAAAUACGAUGAAGGGGAAGCGGAGGACAAAAAUGUCUCCUUUAGCCCUAUAGCUAGCCGACUUCGAUCAUCGGAUAAAAAGGCGCCACCACAUGAAGAAGAACAAUCAUCCAGCCCGUUGGAUAAAAAGACGCCCUCACAUGGAGAAGAACGAUCAUCUAGUCCAUUGGAUAAAAAGGGAUACAGGACACCACCAGGCCAGGUUACGCGCAGUGAUGGACUUUUUCACCACUCAGACUUUGACAGAGCUGCGAGAGAUUCAACCAUGGAGGAUUUGACCAGAACGUUCAGUCAUAUGAAGACUGGCGAAGAGUCACAGAAGAGCCCAUCGCAGAGUUUAUCCAGCAAAUCCGACGCGACCCACAAGUCUGACUCGACCAGCAAUGAACACAAAUAUAGCCCUCGUUCGGCUCGUAGGGCUUUCCCUAAAGUUGAAGACGAGCAAAUCGUUAACGGUUUCCUCAUUGCUCUCCUGGCCUCUAUCUGCAUGUACCACAACGGCGUUAAACUCCAAUGGUCACCAGUCCGAAAGGGAUUCAAAUUUGGAAAGAAGGAUGCUGAAGAAGGCAACGCAGAUAAGCCUUAUCUCUUCGAGGCCAGGACCGAUGGUCAUCUAGCUUCAUGGAACCCAGGGUCAAAGGAUGUGAAACCAUCUGCUAUUAUUGUGGAGGUGAAACCUACCAGCCGAGAGUAUAAUAACAGGGUCAUCUACCAGGCAACUGCCCAAAUGGCGGCAUGGAUCUUCCAGGAACCAGAUCCACCAGGAGCCAAACAACCAUACCGCCAUCAAACGGCCCCGCAGUUGCGUUAA